UGUGCAGAGCUGAGAGCUGGAUGCAUGGACAGCUCCCUGCUGAGUCCUGGAGGUUGCAGCAAAGGACUCUGGAUAUAGGAAUGAGGACCUGAAGAUGGAUGUGGUUAAAGUCCUUCUAAUAUAAAACUCUGCAGGAGUCUUACAGGCAAUUUGACUUCUAGAACCAUCAAACUCUGAAGAAACAGACAUUUCAUCUGGAGAAGGGAGAUCUUUCUUUUCUGCUGCUGUUGAUUUCUUUACAUGGAUUAUGAUAUUGCACAAGAACAGGGUUUCCUCUUAAUAGAGUUGGACUCCCAGGAUAGUGUUGCAGACUUUGCACAGACCAUUCUGUUCUUCCAAAACCAGCAGAUGCCAAACUUCCAGAAUUCCCCAAGGAUGUUCUACAUGGAGUACUGUACCCUCAGCAGUUCUUGAGGAUUCCACCAGUUAUCUUAUCAGUUGGGAUUGUAAGGUUCCUCAGAGGAGAUGCUGAAGGAGGAGUGUAAGGCAUUACUGGAUGCUCUGAAUAAAGUGACAGCAUGCUACAGGCAUCUAGUACUUACAAUAGGUGGCACCUCUGACUCCCAGAAUUUACGGGAGGAGUUGAAGAAGACUAGACAGAAAGCUCAGGAGUUAGCAGUUGCCAAUAGGAAUAAGCUGACCAGCACUCUGAAGGACUCCAGUCUUAGCAAAGAAGACAAGGCUGAGUUUGAGAGGCUAUGGGUCAUAUUUUCUACCUGCAUGGACCUCCUUGAGACUGAUAUGAGAAGAGCCCUGGAACUCGGUCAGGAGUUCCCAUUAAACAUACCCAAAAAGCACCUCAUACAGACUGGCAUGAGUGGGGGGACCUCAGGGGUGGCGGCAAGGGCCAUGAGCGUUCAGAAUAUGAAAUAUGAUGGCGAACACAAUAUUGAUGUGAUGGACCUUAAGGACCUGGAGAAUGAAAUCAAACAAGUAGAUGAGAUGAUGCAUGAGAUGGAAAUGAAGGUUGGUGUUCCCCAAUGGACUGUGGAAGCUAAGCAAAACCCAGGGGCAGAACUCAAGUGUGCAACCGGUGCUGGGGCAUCAUCUCCUGGAACCAUAUCUACAGAAGAGCACAAGGCCAUUUGUGACCUGAGUAAACUUUUGGCUGGGGUGGUCUUUAGUUCAGUCCUAAUUAUUGCCAUCGUAUUGGCAGUUUGUGUGGUUAAACUUUCAUGAACUGAGAUGUUUUGCCAAGGAUUUAUUUCUUGCAUUUAGCCACAAACUGCUCGUACUCCCCUUUACCAAGGAUCUCAUAGACCUGUAACUCAGUAGAAGGAGGAAUCAUUGGGUAACAUUACUAUAUUUUGUAUGUUGACAUAUUAUGGAACGUGCUGCUGAUGGACACAUCCUUUUAAUCCAGAUUUAUCAUCCAUCAUGCCAUCUGCCAACUGUACUGCUGUACAGGAGAAUCUCAGUUCAUUUUCCAUAUCUUUUCUGAUAAAGUAUUCCUUUUCCUAUAUAACAUAUAUGUUUCCCUUUUUAACUUUACAUCCUGCAUGACAAAAGAUUUAGGUUUUGAAGAUUGCAUAAUCAGUAGAUUUUUUUAGAGAAUGAAAUGCCAUCUUUCUGUUUGCACUAGCACCACUGAAUCCUUAAAGCGAUGGUGUUAACCAUUUAAUUGCAAGGCAUAUACUGACCCCCACAGGCAGCUAAAAGGGCCUGACACUGUGGAGAGUAAGCGCAUCUGCAUGCACGCUAUGUCUUCAUGCAUUGCCUUGCCAGGAGAUCCCUACUUCCAAUUAUCCACAGUAUGUCCAACAGAUGAACAUAUCGCUUUCAUGUUAUACUAAUCUACGUGCUAAGGUGGACCUUAUAAUAACCUUGGAUUUAACAGUCUUCCAUGCAACACAAGCAAGUUGCAGUUAUAUGAACUGUAUGCAGGGCUUGUUAUAUAAGAAUGAGAUGGCUUCCUAGGGAUGUGAUGCUGAAUAAUUGCAAUACUCCAUGUAACUUAAUGUAUCGUAAGUGACUUGGGAAAUAUUCUAUUAUUUAUCUUUCUGCGGGAGAGUAAGAGCAUUAUUUGUAUCUUCAUGUUCACACAUGUGCUUUAUUGUUGAUGACACACAUGCCUGGAUAGAAGACACAUUAAAUACAGCAAUACAGUAAGGUUAUAGCAAAACAGAAGGAGUAUUCCUAUCCCAAAUCCCCUCCCGGAAAAAAAAAAUUCUACGGUGAUCCUUAUAUGUCAACCCAACCCUCUUGAAAAAUAUAAUCCUAUACCUAUAAAUAUAUAUAUACAUUUAUAUAAAUAUAUAAAUAGAGAGAGAAAGAAAAAUGGAAUGCCUCUUUAGAUUUUGCUAUUCCAACCUAUGCCUGAUGUGAUCAUACAGGACACAUUUAUCGCUAUGUAAUUUGCCAUCUGAUGCUUCCAUGUACAGAAUCCAGUUUGGUCACCAUAAAUAAAUCUAUUCUUGGGAUUUGUAAGUAGGGCUUUAUGAACUGAACACAAGUAGUUUCCUAGCUUCCUAGUAUACUUUUGUUAAAAUUUGGUCCCCAUGAUUGCAAGGAAGGAGUGAAUGGUUUGUUUGCAUGCAACUCACUAUUUUCCUCAGUACAAUUACUAAGUCACUGGUACCUUGAGUAGAUUUCAAGACUGUAUCUUAAAUAGUUUGUCAACUGAUAAGAACCCAUGUUUGAGGCAGAACCCCCAAGAUUGUACCAAGUGAGAGCAGCUCUUUGUAGCAUCUUUCCAACCAUACUAAUAAAGGAGGGUCAGGUGCCCCAUCUCCUUAAUGUUUGUUGCACCAAAAGAGACGUGGCAACACAAAAAUGUGUUGUUUUGCAUGCACCAUUACAUUUGCUGCAAUUUUCCCAUUUUUGCUGUGUAGAUGUUAUUGAUGUUAGUAGGUUAAAGCACUAUACUUGCUCAGUUAUUUGAGCCCAGAAACCUCCUUAUCACCUUACCAGUGUUGGUAGUCAUUUUGUUUGUUGGGCCUUAGACUUGUCUCAGAACAUAUGUCUUGCCCAUAGCGACCAAUCAGAUUUAAUGUUUCAUUUUAAGGAACAUUUGUAAACUCAUUUGCUAUUGGAUCAAGAUCUUAUCUGAGACUACAUAGGGUCCUGUAUACUUCACCACUUUGUGCCUCUAUGUCAUCAUCAAGUAUAGGAAGCAGUGUGUUUGGAUGGGCCAAACACAACAACUCUAUAUGUGCUAGAAGGCAGCUAGCACAUAUGUCUAAGGGUACGUUCACACGUACGCAGAUUUGAUGUGCAGAAUUUUCUGCUGCAGAUUUCAAUGUAAACUAAAUGACUGAACACAGAUUCUAAUCUGCAGUUACAAAUCCUGUGCAUCAA